AUGGCCGGCCUCAAGAACAUCGUCCUAGCGACCUCGCUGCUGACUUCUUUGGUCGCGGCUGUUCCCAUGCUUGACAAGCGCGCCAUCUACACCAACACGGUGACCGAGAUUGCAUGGGUGACGGUCGAAGAAACCACCACCAUCUGGGUUGACCCCUCCGAUCCCACUCCGGCUCCUGCCCCUGCCGUUAGCACUACCAGUUCCGUGCCAGCAGCAGUCUUCGCCGCAGCCACUUAUACUCCAUCCACUCUGGCGACAGCUGCUAUUGUUCCUGUCGAGGCUCCGUCGUCCUCUUCUGCCGCCCCUGUCGCUCCUUCUCCAGCUACUUCUUCCUCCGCAGUUGCACCUUCCGCUCCAGCUUCCUCUCCUCCUGCUGCUCCUUCCUCUGCUCCUGCCCCGUCCAUGGUCAAUGUCCAACCUAAGGAUACGGUCGGGACUGAUGGUACUUGCGAGGGUUCGGGAGAUGCGUGCCAGGGUGAUGUCACCCACUGGGAUGGUGGUCUUGGCGCGUGCGGCUGGAACGUCAAUACCAACAGCGAUAUGCAGAUUGCACUCCCUUACGCAUUCAUGGGGACUCAGUCCAACGGGAACCCAUACUGCGGUCGCUCGGUCACCCUGUACAACCCCACCUCGGGCACCACCGUCCAGGCUACCGUGGGUGACAAGUGCAUGGGCUGCCUUGAUCGGGCUAUUGACUGCACCGACGCUCUGUUCAACGCCAUUACCGAUGGCACAGGUGAUGGCCGUGUGAGCGGUAUCCAAUGGUGGUUGAACUAA